AUGGCAUAUGACACAAGCAAAGUUUGUGGGAAGCUACUCUGCCCUGCAGAAUGGGACUGGGAUCAAAACUGUGUCAAGGACAGCAUUCAUAACAGGAUGUCAGAAUGCAUCAUCUCAGAAAACUCUUGGCCAUUGUUUUUGUACAAAAACUACAAAGUCAACCAUGAGAACCUUGAGGAAGGGCUCUCCAAGUCCAAGCUUCUUGUUCAGGCUUUUAAAGCCAUCUUUACAUCUCCUUCCUCUGCGAAGGAAGCCAAAGGUGAUGAGCAAGCAAAGGUCAAAACUUGCGUCGCCUCAGUCAUCAACAUGAAAAAAGUUACCCCUCGCACUAUCACUUAUGUUGUUUGUCAAGUUCAUUUCACUUUAUCGAACAUCUCAUCUUGGUGCACUGUCAAUGGUGAUUUCGACUAUGAAGGGUUCUGGAAUAACACUGUAGACUUUUUUGAGGAUGUCCCCAGUCCUGUUAUGAAACAUAGGAUAGAUAGGCUUUUGGAAUGGUGGACAUGGAAAAUAUUUGGAAUCAAUCAUUGUGAGGACCUUACCCCAGAUGUUGUAUCACAGAUGUCCAUCAACACACUGGCAGGGCAGAGGAAGGUGCUGGAGGAUGCUGCCUUUGACUUGGACUGA